UUGGUUAGUGACACACCCCUAAAAAAAACCAUAAACAAAACAUUGAAAACAAGCUUAACUACGACACUAACUAUUUGUUAAACGCAUUAAAAUCUAAUCUACUAUCUUCAUCACCAAAUCCAUAAUUAAUAAACACAAAAUGGCCUUCAGACUUUGUUAUCUAUGAAUGAAAGAGGUCAACAGACUCCAGUCAGACUUUACUAUUGGAGAUAACAUUUAGGCAGAUGAGAUCUGUAAUCUAAACUAACAAAAUAAUUUAAGUUAUUUGUGCCAUGGCUACACCAAAAAUAGAAGUUGCACUAAAAAAUUGCUGCCCAACUAUUGGUGAAGGUCCUCAUUGGGAUGCAGCUACACAGACCUUGCUCUAUGUAGACAUCAACAGUGGGGGGCUGCAUAGGUGGAACCCUGACACUGGAAUUGAGGAAAAAAUUAAUUUAGAUGGGACUGUUGGGUUUGCUGUACCUUGUGAUCGAGGCGGCUACGUCGUUGGCUUGAACAAAACGAUUUCACACGUGGACUGGGACACGAAAACUGUAACAACGCUAGCAGAGGUAGAGCAAGAUAAAGAGAGCAGGUUCAAUGAUGCUAAAUGUGAUGCUUCUGGUAGACUCUGGGCAGGAACCAUGGGGCGAGAAUCAACACCUGGUGUGGUUCCCAAGGGGCAGGGAAGUCUGUAUAGCUUCUCUACUGAUCAUAAAAUAGUCAAGCAUGUAGGCAACAUUGACAUCAGUAAUGGCAUAGACUGGACUGAUGACAACACUGUCAUGUACUACAUUGACUCAGUGCCUAGAGAAGUUUAUGCUUUUGAUUUCAAUUUAACAGAAGGAACACUAAGCAACCAACGAACUGUUGUUAAAUUUGAAGAGGGCACUGAACAAACCUACGGCCUACCUGAUGGAAUGUGUAUUGACAACGAAGGCAAAUUGUGGGUGGCUUGUUUUGCCUCUAGUAGAGUGCAUAGGUUUGACCCAGAGACAGGUAAAACAUUACAGACCUUGGAGUUCCCUGCCACAAAUAUCACAUCGGUUUGCUUUGGUGGCAAAAACCUAGACGAGCUGUAUGUAACCUGUAGCCAAUGGAACAUCCCAGAGGAGAGCAAAGCCAAGCAGCCAUUGGCUGGGUCCAUUUUCAAAGUGACAGGUCUCUCUGUUAAAGGGAGAGCACCUAAUAACUUUAAAGGAUAAAUGCAGGCAUACUAUGUGACCUCAACAAACUAAAAGCUAGAUAACAGCAGCUUUUUUUUUACCUUUUUGCUUCAAAUUGUACCAUUUUUUAAAUUAAAUGCACGGUAUGAUUGUGUUAUUAUUAUUAUAAAUAUUAUAUUUGGAUAUAUUAUUUAGAUAUAUCUUAUGGAGAUGAUUUGUGACUUGGUUCUUUUAUGUGUUUUUAGCUUUGAAAUACUAAGGAAGUAUUGAUGCAAUUAAAUGGCAUUUACAAUAUUUUUAAUAUACUCUUCUUUAAGCAAGCAUAAUAUUGUUUAUACAAAUAUUGCCUUUCAAUACAUUUAAGUGGGGCGUGGUAUUAUUUAUUGAGGAGCUAUAAACAGCUGUUUUUGUAUUGCACAAGAUUUUGUCUUUUAAAAUUUAAAUGUAAUUUAAUAUCACUCAAAACUGGUGGAAAUAAACAAAUAUUUAAUAU